AUGGGGAUCGUGGUGAGAAGCUCGCCACAGGAAUACCCCAGUUGUCUAAGAGAAUUAUUUAUAGAAGAUGAAUCUAGACGGUCGGAGAAAUUAGCGAUUAAAAAUAAUAAUGUUAACAAUCUAAUUCUAAAAUUCGCAACAUCAUAUCUUGAGCAUUCUUUUGUGAUAUCAGCAAUACGUCUUUGGCAGAAGCUACCAGUGGAAGUAUUAGAUGCGAGUACCCUAGAGGUAUUUAAAAAGAACAUGUUUGAAUAUUUAUUAUCAAUUGAUCUCUAA